CCAGGGGGAGGCCAGGUGUUUCGAAGACGGAGACCGAGGGAGAGAACCCGGGGCGACGCUGCGUGCCCUCUGGGCAGGUCCGGGGUGCAGCCCCCAUACCCCGCCCUCUGUAUCCCCAAAGCCUCCCUUUCCGCCUUCUGUGACUCAGUGACCCGGACUCAACCCCAGCGGCUGCCCCGCCCCUAGGGAAAUCCGGGAAAGCCCCGGACCUUCGGGGCCCCACCCCGGGGCGGGGAGAGGGAGAGGAGGGGAGGGGAGGAGACCGGGAAGAAGCCCGCCUCCCUACUCCCUCCCUGAGUCAUUCCCCCAACCCGCCCGGCCUGUUCCCCACCCACCAACCCCCCUCGAGGUGGGAGGAGGUAGGGGGAAGUCAAACUGCCUCCUCCGCUCCAGCAGCCCCUGGCCUCGGUCGCUCGGACUCUGGCCUGGUGUCUGCGUCUCUUGCUAUCUCUCUCUCUCUCUCUCUCUCAAUAUCUCUGCGUCUAUCUCCAGAUCUCUUUCUCUCUGUGCAGCUAGGAUUUUCUGAGCACCCCCGUGCCCCGCGGGCCCCCGCUGGGUGCAGAGACACAAUCAGUGGAGCGCUCCCCACCCCCACCCCACCCCAGCAACGUUAGACCCACAGCUGAUGAGGCACGUGGAGUGGCAGAGAUGGAAGAGGGCAAGGAGAGGAAUCGUUCCUGGGCGCCUGCCGAGUGCCAGUCCCUGCCCCGGGUGUGUCUCUUCACUCCCACUAAGGAGGAAACGGCUCAGAGAGGGGAAGUGUUUGACCAAGGUUACCCAGCGAGGAAGUGGAACCAAUGGAAUCGGGAUUCGAACCCGCGUCCCAGAGAUGCCAAGGCCUCCUGAGAGGCAGAGAAGCAGACAGCAACUGAGAGACAGAGAGAUGGUGAGAGACACAAAGAGACGAAAGAGAGUCAGAGACAGAACACUCGGAGACAAACGCGGGGGUGCGGAGACACCUACUCAGACAGAAGAAGCAGAGAGACAAUCACAGACUCAGAGACAGAGAGACUGAGAGACAGGGCCAGAAAGGCAAAAACAGGCAGGGAGACUGAGAGCUGCCCUAAGCAGCAGGGGUGGGCACCCCAAGCCCCAACCCCCGACCCCGCCUCCUCUCCCCCACCCUGCCUUUCCUCCCCCUCCCGCGCCGAGGCCUGGCUGCCCCGGACGCCGCGGGCCGGGAGGGGGCGAGAGGGGCGCGGCGCGGGCGGGGCGCACGGCGGGCUGCAGCGCAGGACGGCGGGAGCAGCGGCGGGUCCAGGAAACCCCUGGGGCGUACGGGUGGCCCCGGGGGGGCCGGGGGCGGGGAGGCGGGCUGCCGGCACCGCCCCGGCCGACAAAAGUCCCUUCAGUUCAGCCGGCUGCAGGGGAAGUCCCGGCGCCCGGCAAAACCACCCUCGGGUGCAGCCGAGCCGAGCCGCGCUCCGGCCGCCGUCCCCGGCGGCCCCAUGCCCCGAUGCCCCGCGGGGGCCAUGGACGAGGGGCCCGUGGACCUGCGCACCCGGCCCAAGGCCGCCGGACUCCCAGGCGCUGCGCUGCCGCUCCGCAAGCGCCCGCUGCGCGAGCCCUCCCCAGAGCCUGCUGCUCCCCGCGGCGCUGCGGGCCCUGCAGUCCCCCUGGACCCUCUGCGCGGCGGCUGCGACCUGCCCGCGGUCCCCGGGCCCCUCCACAGCUUGGCCAGGCCAGAGGCGCUUUACUACCCUGGAGCCUUACUGCCCCUGUACCCUGCUCCAACCAUGGGCUCCCCAUUUCCUCUGGUGAACCUGCCUACACCCCUGUACCCCAUGAUGUACUCCAUGGAACAUCCCCUUUCUGCUGACAUCGCCAUGGCUACCCGUGCAGAUGAGGAUGGAGACACGCCUCUCCAUAUUGCUGUGGUGCAGGGUAACCUGCCAGCUGUGCACCAGUUGGUCAACCUCUUCCAGCAGGGGGGCCGGGAGCUCGACACCUACAACAACCUACGGCAGACACCGCUCCACCUGGCUGUGAUCACCGCAUUACCGUCUGUGGUCCGGCUCCUGGUGACGGCUGGUGCCAGUCCCAUGGCGCUGGACCGCCAUGGCCAGACGGCCGCCCACCUGGCGUGCGAGCACCGCAGCCCGACCUGUCUGCGAGCCCUGCUGGACAGCGCAGCUCCGGGCACGUUGGACCUGGAGGCCCGCAAUUACGACGGGCUCACCGCCCUGCACGUGGCAGUGAACUCUGAGUGCCAAGAAACCGUGCAGCUCUUGCUGGAGCGCGGCGCCGACAUCGACGCAGUGGACAUUAAGAGCGGCCGCUCCCCGCUCAUCCAUGCCGUGGAAAACAACAGCCUUAACAUGGUGCAGCUGCUGCUGCAGCACGGCGCCAACGUGAACGCGCAGAUGUACUCGGGCAGCUCCGCGCUGCACUCGGCGUCCGGCCGCGGGCUCCUCCCGCUGGUGCGCACGCUGGUCCGCAGCGGCGCUGACAGCAGCCUCAAGAACUGCCACAAUGACACGCCGCUCAUGGUGGCGCGCAGCCGCAGGGUGAGCCGGUGCGGCUGGGGGCAUGAGCCUUGCACAUCUGUGUCCGCGGGCAGGUGGCAGACGAGUGUGCCAGGGCACAGAGGUGUCAUCGACAUCCUGAGGGGGAAGGCCACCCGGCCUGCUUCCACCUCCCAGCCAGACCCCUCCCCUGACCGGAGCACCAACACCUCCCCAGAGAGCAGCAGCCGUCUCAGCUCCAAUGGUCUUCUCUCUGCAUCACCAUCCUCCUCACCCUCCCAGUCUCCCCCCAAAGACCCCUCUGGAUUCCCCAUGGCUCCUCCCAAUUUCUUCCUUCCUUCCCAAUCUCCACCUGCCUUCCUGCCCUUUGCUGGGGUCCUCCGAGGCCCUGGCCGGCCAGUGCCCCCCUCCCCAGCUCCAGGAGGCAGCUGAGAGGGAUGGGGGGGCAGAUCUUGGACUCAUGAGGAGGGGCCCCCUGCUCUGUGGGGUCAACCCUUCUGGAAACUGUGAAGAUCUCACUCUGCCCCCCCCCAUCUUCGGGACCAGGAUUUGCACAGAAGCACAUGCACCUCCCCAUAUACCCCUCUUCUGAGCACAGAUGUUCCCCCAUCUCGCCCCCUGCCCAGGACUCUGACCCUGUUACUCUCAGGCACCAGUCCCUGUCCAGAAUUCCACCCUCAUCUUCCAUUUCCUUGUCCUCUCCCAGAGCUGGUGGACCCAGGGAACAGCCAGCCACUCCCCUGCACUCUAUCAGAUCACUGAGGAGGGGGGAGGUGGGCCGUCACAGGCACAGAUCAUGAUGUAAAUUAUUAAGCAUUUUGGUUUGAUUUCUUUUGUAAUAAACUAUUUUUGUACCAUA